AUGUGGAGGUCACACCAGGGUAUACCUACUGUUGUGGAUGUUCUAAAUACAGGCUACGAUAAACAAAGUUUAUCAUACUCACAACGUACCAGUAUAUUAACUUUAAUAUUUAAAAAAGGAGAUCCUUUACUUUUGGAAAACUACCGUCCAAUUUCACUUCUAAAUGUAGAUUUUAAACUUUUGUCAUAUGUUCUAGCUCAAAGAUUAAAAAAGGUACUGCCAAAAAUUAUAAAUGAAGACCAAACUGGUUAUGUUAAAAAUAGAUUUAUUGGUUUUAAUUUGAGACAAAUUCAAGAUGUAAUAGACUACGCAGACACAUACAAUAUUAAGGGGGCAUUAGUUUUUGUAGAUUUUACAAAAGCGUUCGAUUCAUUGGAAUGGGAUUUUAUGUUUGGAACAUUGAAACAUUUUGGUUUUAACGAUUCAUUUAUUAACUGGGUUAAAGCAAUGUACACAGAUAUACAAACAUGUGUUAUGAACAAUGGGUGGGUAUCAGAAACUUUCAAAAAUUCACGUGGAAUAAGACAAGGCUGUCCUUUAUCGGCUCUUUUAUUUGUUUUGGCUGUUGAAAUUAUGGCCCAGAGAUUAAGAAAUAAUAAAAAUGUAAAAGGAAUUAAUAUAAAAUUAGAUGGGAAAAGUCAUAGUAUCAAGAUUUCACAAUUAGCAGACGACACAACACUAUUUUGCAAGGAUAAAAACGAUGUGGUAGCUGCAAUGAACGAAAUAGAAAUUUUUGGUUCCUUUUCAGGUUUACUACUAAAUAGAAAUAAAACAGAGGGAUUAUGGAUUGGAAAAUUGAAAUCUUGUAAAGAUAAAAUUGUUGGGAUUAAGUGGGGAGAUAAACCUAUUAAAGCUUUAGGGGUGUUUUUCGGACAUGAUAAAGAAGAAUGCAAAAAUUUAAACUGGAAUAGAAACAUACACGAAGUUCUUGUAAGAUCUGGUGAUACCAUUGUCCUGAAUUGUACAUGUCUAAGUCAAACAAACGGAAACUGGAUUGGACCAAAUAGAGCAUUAUCAAAGACAGACAGACUGAACGAAUCAAAAUUGAUUCCUUAUACAGAAGGCUUUAGAUUAAAUACAAAAUUAAACAUACCAAAUAUAAAUGUUGUGGGAAGUUACGAGAGCAGAACAUGUAAUAUGAUGAUCAAAAGAUUCUCUUUUGAUGACGAAGGGACAUACAAAUGUCAAUAUGUUGACAAUCGCAAGACACACGAUCAGGUUUACAAAGCACUUCUAAAAAGACCACCAACAAAUCUACAAAUAGCGAAUGCAACACAACAUAAUACCUUGCAAGUUGUAGAAGGGAGCAUGCUGCAAUUAGUCUGUUCAGUACAGAGUGGAAAACCGACAGAAACAUUACAAUGGAUAACGAAUACAACAGUUAUAAAAGAAGGUGGUCAGAAUGGAAUAAUCACUUACAGAUUAAAUGCAUCUUCAUCGGAUCAUAUGAAAAUAUUCAUAUGUUCAGCAUUCAACGAAGCAUUAGACCAUCCUAUAACAAAGCAAGUUCAAUUGGAUGUUUCAGGCAAACCAAAGGUCACUGUGUCUAUCAUUCCGGAUAGCAUGCUUCUAAGAGAACAUCAGAAUGCAACACUAUGUUGUAAAACCGGCGGGACUCUAAAAGCAACCCAUAUUACGUGGAUCAAAGACACACAACGAAUAAAAAGAUUGAAUGAUUCGAAACACUGCAUUCCAUUUACUCCUCUUCUUCGACAAGACAGUGGAACAUAUACGUGUACUGCAAAAAAUAGCAUAGGUUUCUCAAGUGCAACAAAACAAAUUCGUGUUUUAUAUCCUCCUGAUGUCUCCAUAGAUACAACAGAAACACAAAAUAAGAUCACUCUUAAAUGCCAAGCAUCCAGCGAUCCGGGAACAUAUGAAUUUGCAAAAUGGGAACAUCUGUCUCAGUUCGGCAAACAUAUACGUUACAUAGGAAACACACAAAACGGCACACUUGUACUCGAAAAGAACAAUUACCAAAACAGUGGGAUAUAUAAAUGCCGCGUAAAAAUUGGUAUUCCUGAUAUGAAUGGAGAGAUUAAUCAAAAAAAAUUUGUCGCCGUAGAUUAUAAAGGACCGCCGGUGUUUGUUUCAAACAACAGCUUCACAUGGUUUGCUCAGUAUCAUAAAGACGCAAAAAUUAUUUUAAAAGUAUUCAGCUCAUCUCCGAUAACUAGUGGGCGAAUUCGCAAAAUUGCAGAAGGAUAUAAAGAGGAAGAAAAGCAAGCUUUUAAAUCGAUUAGAUCGUUUAUUCAGUCAACAUGUAAAGAAAGGUUGGCAUUUUAUAACGUCAAUGUUUUAGUGGAGUGCAUCGAGUUGACGUUUAAAAUUGCCAUGCCAGGAAGCAACGAUUUAAGAAACUAUACUGUGGAAGUAUGUAAUACAUACAAUUGUAGCAGCUUUGAAGUUAUUGUUGUUUCAGCAAAAUUCAUAGAAAUCAGGCAUUCCUCGGGUUGGAUCUUAAGUGCCAUCAUGGUUAUGUUGGCUGUAAUUAGCUGUGCCUUGGUAUUUGCAGUAGUUAAAGUACGAGGAAUAAGGAGGCGUAGUCAUGACAUAAGAAUUUCAGACAUAGAAAUGGAUAUACACGGAGAGUCAGUUGAUAAUCGUUUAUACCUGGCAUCAGAAUUUCGUCCUUCUCAUUCCAAUAGGCAUCAGACAGAACUAAAUGGUGAGAAUAUCCCAACUACAGGACUCAAUCUGUCAAUUUCAGCAUUAAGCAACCAUUAUCAAGAAGAAAUAUCGGAAGAACAAAACGUGCUAGAUGAUAACCAAAUCAUUCCAACGCAGCAUGCUGAAUCCAGCCUUAAUUAUGCAGAAGUUGAAUUUGAAGCAGGACCAACAGCGAGCACAAGUAUUAUUCAUGGCCACGAAGACAGAACUAUUUACUCUGAAAUUGAUGUAUUACGCCUUGCAAAUGCCAUUCCGUCCAGCAGUGACAGUGACGAAGAUGAUUUUGUGUAUGUGGAUGGGAUUGAGAAUUACAACAAGAAAGACUGAUGUAAACAAACUGCGAGAAAUGUUUUGUAGAUAAUUUUGGAGACGACGUGUAUGAUAAGAAGCACCGCCCCUCUUGUUAUUGUUUAUAAAUGACAACUUU